AUUCCUGAAAACCCAGUGAGACAGGAACGGAAUUCUAACAGACUCUUACCUUUUUUUUAAAAUAUAUAUUUUUGUACUUUUUUUUAUACUUCGAACGGAACUGGGAAGGACAUACGAAGAAGUCUCAUUCCUGUCAACUUUUACACAUUAGUUAUCACUUGCACUCAUAUUCAAGUUCAGUUUAACGGACUUUUUAAGGAUUGCAAUUUUAUAGACUGUGACUUAUUUAUUUUCUCAAUUAGGUUCGUUUUAUUCGUUUUUUAAUUUUAUUUUAUCAAAACAUAAUUUAAAAAUGGCAGGUGUAAUGUCUUUGGACGCGGUAAAGAGAAAAAUCCAGGCUCUUCACGCGCAGGCGGACGGCGCGGAGGAGCGCGCGCUGAGUUUACAGAGAGAGCUCGAGCUGGAACGGCAGCAACGAGAAAACGCUGAAGCUGAUGUGGCAGCUCUGAACCGCAGGAUCCAGCUGGUGGAGGAGGAGCUGGACCGGGCACAGGAGAGGCUGGGCACGGCGCUGCAGAAACUGGAGGAGGCUGAGAAAGCUGCAGAUGAGAGCGAGAGAGGCAUGAAGGUGAUUGAGAACCGUGCAAUGAAGGACGAGGAGAAGAUGGAGAUACAGGAGAUGCAGCUAAAGGAAGCCAAGCAUAUUGCUGAGGAGGCUGACCGAAAAUAUGAGGAAGUGGCCCGUAAACUUGUGAUACUUGAAGGUGAGCUGGAACGAGCUGAAGAGAGAGCUGAGAUGUCUGAAUGCAAAGUUGUCGAUCUAGAGGAGGAGCUAAAGAAUGUAACCAACAACCUCAAGUCCCUAGAAGCUCAGGCAGAGAAAUACUCAGAAAAAGAAGACAAGUACGAGGAGGAGAUUAAGGUUCUCAGUGACAAGCUGAAGGAGGCCGAGACCCGAGCAGAGUUUGCAGAGAGAACAGUGGCUAAACUGGAAAAAUCCAUUGAUGACCUGGAAGAAAAAUUAGCAAGUGCAAAAGAAGAAAACCUUGGAAUGCAUCAAGUUCUGGAUCAGACACUGCAAGAGUUGAACAGCAUAUGAAAAGUAGGAAAAAGGAGUUUCAUCUUGUGACAUUCCACAAACAGAUUCAUUCCUCAUGUCUGUCUAUACAAAUCUCACAGAGGAUUAAUUUAAUUUGUUUGUUUUUUACUCUUAGAGAAUAUCCCAAAUCUUAGCUUAAUAGUGAUGGUAAAAGUGAAAUGCACAUUUGUUUACAUUGUAUUUGACACAGUUGUGCAGACAUUUGAAAAUAUCCCUAGUGUAAACAUGAAAAUUCCCCAAAACAUUAUAGAUUGAGUUUGCCAUCUAGUGGUCACUCGAAUUUUUAUAAACAUGUUAUUUGAAUAAUUUUGUUUUGCUAUUACUAUUAAAAAAUUGUGUUUUUAAUUUCCAUUUGUGCCCUGAGUUGAUGACAAUCCAUUAAAAUGGAUGCUAGAUGGAUCAAAAACAUUAUAAUAUGCCUUUUUGUAUACAUUUAAUAAUUAUUUUUUGUCAAUAAGCUCAGAAAACACAAGAUAACUUUAAAUCAAACUGCUGGAUGGAUGUGUUGAUACGUGUGUUGUAGUUCAGUGCUGAGCUGAAGACAUUCCACUCUUCAUGCGGACCAAAAUCACAUUUCAUUUAUUUUCCUUUUUAUCUGAUUCACUUUCUGUGUUUCUUGAAACAUUUUUCCACUUUGCAUGUAAUAAAUUUUUAUGAAAAUGUUAA